AGGGGAAAAAAGAAAGAAAGAAAAAGAUCAAGAAAAAAUCAGCGGCGCCAAAUAACGGGGAAGAUACGUGAGAGACAGAGAUUGAUUCCCUCUUUUGGCGCUGUUUGUUUGCUGAGAAAGUGAGGGAAAGAAAAGAAAAAAGAAAAGGAAAAGCAUAAGAGGGGAUUGGAGUAGAAGAAAUGCAAGCUGUGGUGGUGAACACGCCCUCAUGCUGCGGCACGGCUCAGCAAGUCCUAGAAUCUCCCUCGUCUUCCUCUCGCCCUUACUCCAAGAGCUCGAACUUGUUUGGCACGCAUCUCUCCUUCGCGAGGGGACAUAAUUCACUGCGGCGAGGCUCAUGUCGUUCCGUUGCACUUCGUUCCCCUUCCCGUUCACGCAGCUCCGUUGUGAAGGCUGUUGCUACUCCAAGUUCAGCAGUGGAGUUGCCACUAACUUCAGAGAAUGUUGAAAGUGUAUUGGAUGAAAUCCGACCUUAUCUAAUUGCAGAUGGGGGCAAUGUGGUAUUACAUGAGAUUGAUGGCAAUGUUGUACGGUUGAAGCUACAGGGAGCAUGUGGUUCCUGUCCAAGUUCUGUUAUGACAAUGAAAAUGGGCAUUGAGCGUCGAUUGAUGGAAAAAUUCCCUGAAAUAGUGGCAGUGGAACCAAUAGCUGAUGAAGAAACUGGCCUUGAGCUGAAUGAAGAAAAUGUAGAGAAGGUGCUCGAAGAAAUAAGGCCGUACCUAGUUGGGGCAGCUGGUGGGUCUCUUGAACUUGUAUCAAUUGAGGAGCCAAUAGCCAAAGUUCGGAUAACAGGACCAGCUGCGGGAGUGAUGACCGUUCGGGUGGCUGUUACACAGAAACUUCGGGAGAAAAUCCCAGCCAUCGCAGCCGUUCAACUUGUGUAAUAUCCUUAAUUGGUAGAAACCAAAAGAAAUACUUUCCAUUGUAUUCUUGCGAUUUUUUGCCUCAAGUAUCUUGCAAAUAAAGAGUUUAUAGAACUCUGUAAAACCUUGGUGGUAGUUUCAUAGAAUAUGUACAGUUAACAGUUAACGUAAGAGCCGACAAAUGCUGGCUCAUGUUCAUUGGUCUACACUCUACAGAAGAAAAUCUUAGCCGUUUCCAUGCUAAA